UUUGUCCAUUUCCGGUGACGUCACUCCUAGUCAGUCGGAAUCGAAAAUCCACACACAGAUCAAAAUGGCAAGUGCAGUUUCGGAAAAUGUGGAGACGUGGAAGGCCAAACUGGACAAAAUACUCCACGAGAAGAAUUUCGCAAACGACACGUUAGAAAAAAUAGAGCAGAAAACUGGAGUUAGGCGUUUAUAUAUCGCAUUGGGUCUGCUGGCCUUUCUGGGACUCUACCUGAUGAUUGGAUAUGGUGCCCAGUUUGUAUGUAACUUUGUCGGGUUCCUUUAUCCUGCCUAUGCUUCAAUCAAAGCCAUCGAGAGUCACACCAAGGAUGAUGAUACAAAAUGGCUGACAUAUUGGGUGGUCUACGCAUUGUUCUCUCUCAUUGAAUUUUUCGCUGAUAUCUUCCUUUUCUGGAUUCCAUUCUACUGGUUUCUGAAGUGCUGUUUCCUUGGUUACUGUAUGGCCCCAACAGCAUGGAAUGGUUCACACACGAUUUACAACCGUGCGAUCCGUCCAAUCGCACUCAAAUACCAGGACAGGAUUGAUACGGCCCUCGACAAGGCCUCUGAUGCUAUCCAUGAGGUGUUUGGCCUUGCCAAACAGACUGCCGGGGAAUAUGCUGGAGGAGUAGCAGAGAAAAUGGCUACGGAGGCUGCUGCCGAGGCUGCAAAGAGACACAUUGUCGACUCAUCAAAGACAGACUAAACGAAAGAAGGAAAGAUCUUUGUACUGUAUUUACACAAGAGGUCCGUGAUGAACUGAAUAUACACUCGAUGGAUAUAUAUAAACAAAGGACAGCAUACUCUUAGAACCAAAAUUACGACGAUUAUCAUAAUGACUGACACAUGGACCAGGUUUAUGCAGAUUGGUGUAAAGAUCAAUACAAUUUACUCAUAUAUUAGUACAAAUUUAUUAAAUUUUUUUUUUUUUUUUAAUUGUUUGUGAAGUAUAACAACAUCUGUAUACGUUUAGCUAUAAAUUUUAACAACUUUUUGUACAAGUUAUCGAGAUAAAGCAUGAUGAUGGUAACAUGGUACAGGUUACAUGUUUAUCAGAGAAUCGAUCCAUGACAUCACUAUAAGGCUCCUGCCGCAUCAUUUCUAUAUGAUCGGCUAUAAACUUGUACCUAACUUUGUACAUGUUGUUUACGUACGCUGUAGAAUUACUAGAUCAACAGUAUAUAUUUGUUAGUGUACCAAACAUGUUUGUCUUGAUUGUAGAUUUUUCUCCACUUCAAAUGUUCAGAUAUUGGGACUGUUAUACAAUGUAUAUGUAUAGUAACUUUAAUUAACAGCAGCUUUUCAAAUUGUCAUGUUAAGGAAUAAAUAUUGUAGAUAAUUAAAUGACAUUAAUAGCAUCUUAAUGUAAAGCCUAUUUCUGUAAUGUAUAUGUAGCUAACAUUUAAUUCCAUCUGAAAUGUAAAGCCUAUUUCAGUAUUGUACCUCUAUGUAGCUUGUAUCAUAACCUAUCUGAAAUGUAAAGUCUAUUUCAAUAUCAUAUGUGUAGCAUUAACUUCCAUCUGAAAUGUAAAGUCUAUUUCAGUGUUGUACAUGAAGCUAAUAUUAAUUUCCAUCUGAAAUAUAAAGUCUAUUUCAAUAUUGUACCUGUAGCAUGCAUUUAAACCCAUCUGAAACUUUCCUCUGUACAUCCACUUGACUGUUGACUCUGUAAACAUUCCUUCUGUACAUAAUAUUCUCUUCCACCUCAUCAACAUGUUAAAUGGUUCUUUUAGUUUUGUUUCUCAAACUUUCAUUUCGUUUCUGGUUUAUUGAUAACCAUUAUCUACUAUAUCACAUACUGCUUGUGAAUUGAAUUGGGUUUCUUUUAAAAAUGAGUAAAAAUUACAAAAUCCAAUGCUGUAUUAAAUUUGAUGAUAUUAAUAUAUGUAGGUGCUUUCAUAAAAUUUUGAAAUUUAAAAUCUUAAUAAAUCACGUGAAAUAGUUACAAAAAUAGUACGAUACAUUGUAUAUUGUAGCUAGUUUUCAGUUCAGGAAAAAGCCAACUUGCCAAUCAUAUUAGGUUAAAUUUAUUCUGGAUGGUAGAAAAAUGUUUCAAAUUAGAUUUGGUAGUAUCUUGUAUGUUACUUCAUAGGUUUAGAUUGAUAGGAGCUGCUUUCUUUCAUCUGAUAUGGCUGAGUAGACCAGAGUUCUUCAUUUUUUUUCAUUUCAGACGAGCAUUGAUAAAUAUUUUCAAGGCCUAUUUUACAUUUGCAGGUGUGUCAAGAUUUACGUCUGAAACAUUGCAUUAAAAAAUCCUUGCAGCUCUCUCGGUUAGCAAAAUUGAAAAGGCAGUUUUAAGUACUUUUAUAGUCCUAUCUCUAGCAAAUCCAAACAACACGUGUUUCUAGGAAAUCUCUGUUGUAUACCUGUUGGACCUGUUCUCAUCUCUAGGAAAUCUCUGUUGUAUACCUGUCGGACCUGUUCUCAUCUCUCAUUGUCGGUUUGAGAUCUCAUCUCAAGAUUUUAAAAUUUUUUGUUUUUUUUGUUUUUUUUUAUAAUUAAGUCUGUAAUGGGUAAUUAAAAAUAAUCAGGUAUCAUUUUGCUUGGCUAGAAAUGUCUUUAAACAGGAGUGCUAUUUUACGAGAUUGUAGUUGAUUGACGUGUGUAUCCAUAUCUUGGAUUUAGUCUUUGCUGUACAUAAAUCAGUUAUUUAAUAUUUAUUGUAAACAAUUUAAAAAAAUUCUCAAAGUGCAAUUUAUACAUAUGUUUUGGUUUGUUCUUGCAUUAAUAUGUCACUUAUGACCAUGUGUUUAGAAGUCAUUAAAACCCCAGUGCUGUAUGUUUUGUAACCAUUGCAAUGCUUGCUGGUCUUGCACGUCUUCUUUAUCAAUUUGAUAGAUGUAAAAUUUCAUUUUUAAAUUUGAACAUAAUUUACAGAAAAGAAAUCUAGAUCUGUGCACCAUUUUAAAUAUUUGCAUUUAAUGAUUGUUUGAUAUAGCAAGUCAAUUCAUAUAAUACUCUUCAAUUUUUUUUCUCUCAGAAAAAAUGUUUCUUACUACGUAAUCUGGCUUCAUUGAGAACUUAAGUAUAACAUUACUAGAAAUUAUGCUCAGAAAAAAAACAGGGUAUUGAAUGCAUGUUUAAGAUAUUUAUGUAACAUACAUGUAUUUGUAAAAUGCCUCUUGUCUUAGUGUAGUGGGGUUUCCCCUUGGACUGUAGGACUUGAGCAAUGAUUACCCUGGAAGAACUGCUAUAAGCAGAUGACAUUAGUGUUGAUCUAAUUUGAUAUGUGAAUUUCCUGCAUUGAAUCUGCUCUAGACUCUAUACAAUUUCUAGAAAAAUCUUGAUAAUUUUAAUACGUUAAAUCAGAAAACCAUGCCCAGCUUGACCGGCUGCUGUGUGCCUUAGUACGCAUGCCAUUUCUAGAUGUUACUGGUUGGAGUGGGUAACGCACAUAGUGGGAAGCAUUCCAUCAUUGGACAUUUUUCAGCUUUCUUGCAUAAAAAACCAUUGUAACCCUCAGAAAUACGUUUCCUACCCGCUUCUUCAUGAGUUGUCCCCCUUUGUUUACAUUCCUUUCGGAAAGUUUUUUAUACAGCAUAAAUUUAUUAAAUGUUUUGUCCAUUUUUCAGGAAACAAAUUGAUAAAUACUGAAAAUUAGUCCAGUAUUGAUCUAGGUGUUAAUGUGUUUAUAAUAUACAUCUCUGGCAGUAGACAUUUUUCACCAAAAUGAAACAUCUUACUGACUAUUUGUUGCUUCAUUGAAAAAAACCCAACUAGCUAUCAAAUAUUUAGAAAAAAAAAGACAAAAAAAAAACCCCAAACAAACAGGACUUAAGUUUGACACUUGCUUUAGACAAAUGUUAUCAGACAAUUCAGGCUUUGAAAUAUGAACUAUUUAUUGGUGGAAUAUAUUUUUGUGGUUUUUGUAGACAUCAAAUAAAGGGCAGCUGCCUUAUUGUCAUCAUGAAAAAUGUUUUGUAUAAAUUAAAACAUCAAUUCUCAUCCAAAAUACUUGAUGUUAAUCUUGUAUUAUUCUAUUCAAUCUAGAUUUCUUUUUUGUUGAUAAGAAAAAAAUGCUUGUGUGCGUGACCAUACAUCUAAGAGGAUGUAAAUAAACCGGCAGUGAACCAUACGGGUAAUCCCCGUACCAUACAUCUAGGGCAUCUCGUAUAUCUGGACCAUCGUAGUGUUAACCCUGUGUUUCACCGAGUACAUACUCUGAACAGUCUGUCGGCUCUAACCACAGUUUGGCGUCUGUGAAGUAUAAACCUAUCUGGUGUUUGUUGUACAUACUCUCGAAAGGCAUGCUCAAUAAUAACUACUUUUUCAAAUAAAAUUUAAUAUAUUAGUACUAAAUUGAAUACAACAAUUUUCUCUUAA